AUGAGUGGAGAUAUUAUAAGAGCUUAUGGGAUUUUGCUAUGCCGAGUUUUGGGGAAUAUUGGAAUAAAUACUAAUAAUAAAAUGAAAAAUAUCGAAUUUUUAUUUUUAAAGGCAUCUUAUGGAAAUAAUCAUUGGACACCCCCUAAAGGCCUCGUUGAAAAUAAUGAAGAAGGAUUAAACACUGCAAUCAGAGAAACAUUUGAAGAAGCGGGAUUAAAUAAGGAUAAAUACAAACUUUUAAAUUUUGAAAAAACUUUAAAAUAUAUGGUUAAUGGAAAACCAAAAGAGACAACAUAUUAUUUAGCUAUUUUAUUAAACAAAGAUGAAAAUAUAAUUUUGUCAGAGGAACACACAGAUUAUAGUUGGAUAAAAAGUGAACAAUCAAAUGAAUAUUCCCUCUCACUAUCCUUACACGAUUUAAUGAUAAAUGCUGAAGAAUAUUUAAUAAAUAAUUCAAACCUUAUACAAUAA